AUGGCUUUAUCAUCAAAAACUCCAUUAAAAUUAGUUAUCGAUACCGAUCCCGGUAUUGAUGACUGUCAUGCAAUAAUGAUGGCUCUAUCAUGUCCAAAUGUCGAAAUUCUUGGUAUAACUAUUGUCACUGGCAAUGCAUAAUUAGUAAAUGGUGUUCGUAAUAUUC